CGUCUUUUCACACUUUGGGCCAGAGUUUCGGCUAGUAAAUAUUUUAUACACUUUUUAAUUUUGUGUUUUUUGUGAUUGAGUAUUAAAGCAAGAAUAUUGCUAUUAUUUAUAUUUCGUUAUUCUAUUAUAUACGAUACUAUUAUGGCGUUUAUACUUCCAGAUAAUAUAUUAGAAACUUUACGUUGCAGUUUUUGUCAUAAAUAUUUGUCCGUGCAACCGGUAAAAGUGUAUCCAAAUAGGCUCAUGCAAUGUGGAAGAUGUAACGAUAAUAGGGAACAAGCAGACCAUAGAUUAGAAGCUGUCGAAUCACAAUAUGGAAAAAUUGCCGAAAACGUUUUAUUUAAAUGUGUUAACAGAUUUGAUGGUUGUCGGAAAUUAUUAACCUAUUCUCAGGUGCAGGGUCACGAACAGGUAUGCUUGAGCAAAAUUCACAAGUGUCCAAUUUGUUAUGAAGAAAUGCCGAGUUUUCUGGUGCUUCGACACUUUCGUUCCAACCAUAAGGAUGCUACAUUGGAUUGUCCAGCAUUUAUUUUUAACUUGAAUGAUCAUUUAGAUGCGCCCAGUGCUUAUAUAUUUCAAGAAGGAGAUAAUUUGUUUUCUUUGUAUGUUAGCCAUCGUAUGUCGGAAAAUACAAUAAAAUUAGAUUUAGUUUAUAUGGGGAACUUUGAAAGCGCUAAAAAUAUAUACCAUCAAUUUACUUUAAGUGGUGAAAACAAAAAAUGUGAUAUUGUAUUACCCACAAAAUCAUGUAAUAACGAUUUUUUUGUUGUGGAUAUAUCAAAAAUGUCAAGCUUUGUACAAAUUAAAUUUAAGUUAAUUGAUAGCAAUCUAAAGGUUUUGACGUCAACUGAAAUUAGUAACACUGUGAGGAAACCUGUACUCAAAAAUGCUCGACACCGGUAUCAAAUUGGAAAAGACCUAUCAGAAUUCAGUCUAAAAUGUAUUAAAUGCCAAGCAUAUUGCAUUUUUCCAUUGUCAACAUGUCCAAUUCGCUAUUACUACGUUGAUAAACAGAAUAAUUAUAUAUGUUACUAUUGCUAUCAGUGGUUCAAAUAUAGUAAUGAAAUAUCUGGUCAAAGAAAAGAGAUAUCUUUUAAAAGAAAACAUACCAGAGAAAUAAUUAUUGACAUAAUGAAGUUUUUCAAAUGGAAUUGUGGUAAUUGUUGUAGCUGUAUUGGAUUUUUAGACAUGCAAUCUCAUGACAUAAACUGUAAACAAGGUACACAAUUUAGUUGCCCCAUAAAAAAUUGUUCCGAAAAAGGAACUGCUAUCCAAAUUAUCGAACAUUUGAAAGUUCAUAAGUGUUGGGCAUUUUCGUUUCACUUUAAAAUAACUUCAGAUAUUGUAAGAUGUUUUGUGUUUGUAGAGGAGUAUAUUGUAUUUUUACAUUUACCCCGUGUUCAAUCAACUUUUAUUGUGUCGUGUAAUAUUAAGGCAGACCUCGUAACCAAAACCUAUGAUGAAAAAGGAACAACAUUAAAACCAUAUGUUAUGUUUUUUGAUACCAACAAUCAACUUUUGAAUAGGUGCAGGAUGGAUAUCAGUACUGAUGAUGUAUAUGUAAAAGUUAUUGUCGAAUGACUAGGUAAAUGGUUAUUUACUAUUAAUAGACUAGGUAAAUACUUCUAGGUUCUCGACUAGGCGAUUUUUAAUCAAAUAAUUGUUAUAAUAAUCUUCCACUUCAUCAAAAGUAGAGAGCUCAAUUGUCGUUUACUUUAUUUAUAAAUUAAUAAAAUUUUUCAUAUUAUAAUUUGUUACAAAUUAUCAUACCAAUAUUUUUGAAUAAUUCUACUGGAUUUUUAGAGUUAUACAAAAAUGUGAUAAAUUUUAACAAUAGACGUACUACGUGAUUAUUAUAAUACACUAAGUUAGUUUUAAAAACAAUUAAGCACUUGUGUACCUAAUUGAAAUUUAAUAAUUUUUAUUUUUUCUAACUAGAUGUUAUA